AUGUCUGAGCCCCCUCCGCCCAAACGAUCCAUCGAGGACCCCGCUGGCGCUUGGCCAAUGGACAAGAACCUCACCGAGCUCUCCGGCCUCCAGCCGUUGUUCGUUUCCUCCGAACGUAGCUUUGGAAUCCUUCAUAACACCUAUUUCGUCAAGUUAGUCCCGGGGCGCUCUUCUCUCGUGGCGCACGAGCUACGGAUGAUGCUCCUCGCGGAGGAUUGCUCAGUCAUUCCCCUAGGCAGGGUAUUCGACCGCGGUACAAUCUGCGGGUUCAUUACUCCGCGCGAAAAGACUAUUACGGAAUCAGCUGGCCAGUUCGGGACUCAAACAAUAUGCCCACAGCUUACUCGACAAGAGAGGCUGGAGCUGAUAGCCAAGACAUGCUUGCUAGUAUCAUAUACUCAUUCAAAGGGCCUGAUUCAUGGCGACAUAAAACCAUCCAAUAUCUUGCGCUGCUCUGAUGGGUCUCUCCGCUUUUGUGACUUUGCAGAAGCGACUAAGAAAGGUAGCAGCAUGCUUCCACGAGGUUUUACACCGCAAUAUGCGGCCCCAGCCUUGCUUAGCGGCAAUCCCAGACCAUUGACUGUGGCUGAAGAUUUAUAUUCGCUUGGAAUAACCAUUUGGGAGAUAUAUACCGGCCAAAUUCCUUUUGCUGGGGUCGAUGAGGACACACUUGAAGAUUUGAUCCGUAGUGGCGGUCAGCCUGAUAUGUCACUUAUUGAUGAUGCAAACAUACUUGCACUCAUCACAACGUCUUUAGAGGCGACAGACAAGCAACUUGACCCAUGCUCUGGUCACUAUGUAAGUGAUGUGGGUUCUGUACAGGAUACAAAAGAGGGAGCCCAUGUCCGCCCCCAGGCGGCCUAG